CUCUCUUUUUUGUUUGGCUUUCUUCCCUGGUUUAUUUUCUCCCCCCUUUUCCUUGUGUUUUCGUGUAGCAAACUUCUUCAUCUUUCUUCUGUUUUUCUGUUCUGAGUUUGGGCUUUGAAAAUUAGGGAUUCCAUAGUCUGGAAUAAAUGUUUCUCUGCUGAUGAGUGUAUUCUCAUUUUUUCUUUUUUCAGCUGUUUUCAUUUUCUUGUUUACGGUAGCGUGGGCGAUAUUUCUACUUGUUCUGCGAUUUCCGUCUUUUCUCUUGGAUAUUUCUCGUGUUUUCUUGAUUUAGGGGAUGAUUAGUGUGUGAGAUUAGGGUUCUUUGUUGUUUCCCCCUUCCUAUCUCUCUCUCUCUUUACAUGGAGGGCAUAAAACACGUUCCGGCUUCCACCGCUAAGCUUUUCUGUUCUCAUUGGUGCUUGAGAGAUGCAGACCGUAUUUUUUCCUUCUUUGUUUUCGGGACUUCUCUUCUACUUUGCAAGAAAUUUUUAAGAAGUUCAUGAAAAGUAUGUUAUAAAGAAAUUUCUCUCUUCUGUUUUAUAUGGAGAGUUUGAAUCGAAAAAUUCGUUUUAUUUUUAAACAUUUUUUUUGUUCCUUCGCUAUGUUUUUGGCGUGUUUCUUUUUUUAAUUUCUGUAUAUAUCUUAAAUUAAGUCAAGGGAGUUUUUCUUCCUCUUCUUUUGGGUAUUCUAUCUGAUCGAUCUCUGGCCCUGGAAACACUAUAGUUCUCCAAAUUUAUUCCCUACUCUUCGUUCAGUCUAUAGAAGUACGGCUUUAGAAUUGGCGCAUUAAAUUUCGAAGCAACGGUCCUGAGUUAAUUUUGUCUCUUUUUUUCGCAUCUAACUCCUAACGAGAUGAAAACCUUCAAGAAAUGUUCUCUGGUAUUGAGGAAUGUUCUCUCCAUGUGGUGUAAUGUUGAGCUUGGGAUUAGGGAUGCCGUUAUGGAGGUGUGUGUGGACGAAGGCGAUGAUGAUCUCUGGUGCGAGGAUUCAGCUUCUGAUGGGUAUAGGGAUGAUGGUCGUGAUCGUAAAUCAGAGCUUGAUAGGGAGUGGAAGAGGAGGCAGAAUCAAUUUCAUACAAUUGGGUAUAGAGAUGGUUUAAUGGCGGGGAAGGAAGCUUCUGCACAGGAAGGUUUCAAUGCCGGUUUCAGGGAAUCUGUGGUGCCAGGGUACAACUGGGGGUUGGUGAGAGGCAUUAUCAGUACAUUGAGUUGCCUCCCGGAUGAAUUGAAGGAGAAGCUAAUUGGAAGAUCUGAUAAAAGAGACGAGCUUCAGGCCCUAUAUGAAGCUACACACUCUGUUUCAUCAAAUCAGGCCCUAAUAUUUUUUCAUGAUGAUAUAAUGAACAGAAAACCUCUUGACAGUGGUUCAGAUUCUUCAGGUGGCUUGAUACAACCGAAUGUUUUGGGUGAUGCUUCAUACUGCGGGAAGCUGGAAAGUUUCAAAGAGAAACUCAAGAGUGUCGUUAGUGAAUCUACUGCUUCUGGAAUUACUGCAAUACUAGAAUCAAAUAUAGCUGGCUAAGUUUAUCAAUGCAAGAAAAGACAAUGUCCAAGGAGUGCGUUUUGGUUUCUCAGGUGGUCGGACAUUUCUCAGCUGUACGUUUCUUAACAUAACUGGUGAUGCCAUUGCUGAAGAAUGGAGCUGCAUCGCCUGUUUCUCAAAGGCAAUGGGAUUUUUUGUCAUCACAGUGCUCUUUUUAAAGCCAACAUGGUUAGCUUCUUUGUCUAUACAAAUUCAUAUUUAACUUUUUUGUCAACAAGGGUUGACGUUCAGAGGCCAGCGAAAUACAAUAGAAAUCAGGAUAGUCGAGUGAUCGACAACUUUUUGUUCCAAGUGGAAUACUACCUGAAUCUGCAAGGCCUUGUGUGGGACGACCUUCAGGUCAAGACUGUGGCUAUGUUGCUUGAGGGCGAUGCUGUAGCGUGGUGGAGAAGGAAAUGCAAAGAUUAAAUGCACGACUCGAAUCAAAUCAAGAUACGAUGAAGCAUAUGAUUUGGAUGACAUAACCAGAAAUUUUCCCAGUUGACGUUCCAAUCAGUUUGGAUUAGGAUCCUACUUCAUUGAUCUAACCGGAUCUAGAUUAUUUAGCUGGGAUAUGUAUGUCUCAGGCUUGGACUGGGAUCCGAUGUUCCCAAACCACAUGCGACUGACUUGGAUCUCGACCAAUUUGAGAUCUCAGAUUUUGUAAAACACAGACUUGGCGUGAUUGCUGAACUAAUUAAGGAAUUUUAUUUCUAGCUCCAAUUUAUUAUAUCUUUUUUAUCGGAUAUCCAUGUAUUCGGAGUUGGAUUCAGACAUGAAUGAAGAAAAGCCUUAUUCCAUUUCUCAA